AGAGAGAGAGAGAGAGAGAGAGAGAAGAUUAUUUGGACUAAGGUGUUUGAAUAGGAUUAAAUAAAAAACAAAAAAUAAAUUAAACAUGAAUAUUAUGGUGUUUGAGAAGAACUAUAGAUGUACAUAAAUUAAUCUGCCUUCGAAUUCCAAAUAUAUGCUAAUUUUCUUCAUUAUUUAUACUUAUUAUUUUAUCCAAAUAGUAAGUUCAUCACUGUCAUCAAUGUUCAAAUUCAUUGGUGGUUGAUCAGUCUUCGUUCUCGAUGGAGUCGUCGCACCACUAUAAUCGAGCGUGCUUGCACACGAUACCAUUACGACGGAUUCCAUCUUCUUCUACAUAAUAUGAAGUUGGGAGGCGAGUGCAUGGCACCAACGACCCACCCGCUCUCCUCUCCAUCCGGCCUCAUCUGCACCCUCGUCCUCGUUCGCCGGCGACAGCCCCAGGGCACUUGGAUUAAAUGGCCCUCACAGCUUUAUGCCGUGGCCUCGGGGCCAACGCGGCCAGGUUCGGGUUCAGUCGCUGCGGUGGGUCGCCGCUUCUUCCGGGAGAGGGGCUCCUCGCUUGAGCGGAGAGAGGAGGGCGCCUCGUCUUCGUACCUGCACACAGGUCGGGUCGGGGUGUUUGACCCGACCCCUCCGACGAUUAAGGAGCAGGGUCGUACUUCUGGUAACGUCCGACAGUAACGUUGGCUUGGCGUGUAGGGGCAAGCCCGAGCGGGGCGUUAAUGCGUCUCGGUUGGUGUUCCAGUCAGUUGACCGAGUGCGAUCGGAUCGAUCGAGACGUGAGGUGUCAUCCGGGGUAACUGAUGUUAAUCAAGUCGUGUCACCAUUAUUGCUCCUGUUAGAGGGUGUCCUUUCGGUUGGCCUGGCUACCCCUACCUGGCGUGCGUCACCAACUGUAAUGUUGUUGGGUCUCCAGUGAUUCCCUCAUCAAGUAAUAUACUCGCUCGUGUCACUACUUACAAGUCUUCACUCAUUUUGUAUCUGUCUCGUUAAUGUUGUUCAUCUUCAUUCAGUCAAAUCAUAACUUGAUUGAUUCGAUUUUGUUUUUUUACUCAUUCAUUUAAAUCAAAUCUCUAAAUUGGUUAGAAUUAAUAUAUAUCAGGUCGAGCAUUAAUUUAACUCGAAACUUAACAUGUAUAAUUUAAGUUUUUCAAUCCUCAACGACAUAGGAUUAUUCCCUCUCGAUCUUUCUUCAUCUCAAACUCAAAAAUAUUUUCGGAAGACGGAUCACUCUCUUUCGAUCCUAAGCCGUCCUUCGUAUAACAACGAGAAUACAAGUGUUUCUUAUUUCUUGCACUCGAACGGCUAGCAUGGUAGUUCAAAUAGCUAAGGCGUCGUCGUGACUUCAUGGCACAUCACAUAUCCCAUGAAUUGUAGGUCAACAUUAAGUUGGUCUUUGCACAUCCUUCUCUCUUCACUCCUCAACCAUUCUAUUCAUCGGUUUGGUAGCCACUUUCUAAAUCUCGAUGAGGGCUGUAAAAGCUUCUUCGACCAAAAAACCUGGCCAUAUCACGUAGUCAUAAUAUGCUAAAAGCUAAAUAUAAAGAGAAGAAUAUGGCAUAAAGAUUGAUUAAGCAUUAGGCUAACAGAGACGUGUUUUGACAUUAUAAUAAUGAUUUUUUAUUGGAUUUUCAGUAAUCCCAAAACUUUAAAUGGGUGGCAAACACUUUUUAAAAUGGUCGAAUGGUCAAUACCCAUUAGAGUAAGGAUGCAUAAGACAUGGUGGAUGCUUGUGUUGGAGAUGGAUGAACUGAGCGUAUGGAAUGAUUUCUAAUAGGUUUAAGUUAAUAUGAUCUGAUUAAACUGAUUUGGUCAGACUAAAUCGAUGACAGCAUAUGUAAUUAUGAGAGGGUUAGAGAUGUUAUCUUUUUUUUUUUCAUCCAUUGUAUCAAAGAUAUAAUAGCGUGUCGAUUAGGCCGUGGGCAGCAUAAAUUUAAUAAUAAUUACAUGCAAGUGUCAUCAUUAUGAUCAUGGAUUUGAGCUCCAUAUAAAUGAUUAACUCCUCUUUGAUAUGACCACGCAUACUUAGUUGAUCUUCUCUCUCUAUUUCAUUUAUUUACAAAGGUGAUAUAUAUAUAUAUAUAUAUAUAUAUAUAUAUAUAUAAGAUUGUAAUUUGAACCAAUUUAAAACCAUGGGUUGAAACCCAUUCAAUUGGAGGGAAGGAAACAAUUUAGAAAGGAAACAAUUGUCGAGCAGAUAGUUCAUUAUUCAGGCCACUUCUUUCUCCUUUGACCUAAACCCUAAAGAGGCGUGAAGGGACACUUCUUUCGUCUCCUUCGCCUCCUCCACCUCUCCCCCGUUCCGAUGUUGUCCUUGCGCCAAAUGUGCACUACUGUCUUUUCGCUCCUCUUCCUCCUCGCAAACCUUUUCUCGGGGCUAGCUGCUCGCGCCACCGGUGCAACGACCGACCGCGCCUCUCUCCUCUCCGUGAACGAUCGUUUGGAUCCUUUCAAUUUCUUGUCCUCCUGGGGCGGCGCCGACGACUACUGCCAGUGGCGCGGGGUAUCGUGCGAUGGUCCCGGGAGGGUGACCGUCCUUGACCUAUCCGAGCUUGGCCUCUCAGGCUCCAUAUCUCCUGCCAUCGGCAACCUGACCUACCUCCAGUUCCUCGACCUCUCCCACAACCACCUGCAAGGCCAACUUCCGCCGGAGCUCGGUAAUCUGCUCUACCUCGAGUCGCUCCGUCUAGGUUCGAACAGGCUGACUGGGGAAAUCCCGGCGGAGAUGGGUGCACUCCACAAGCUCGUGAUCCUUAGUCUCCAUGACAACAAUCUCGCCGGGAGAAUCCCUCCUUCCCUGGGCAAUCUCUCGUCGCUCACGCACUUGGAUCUUGGUAAAAAUCGACUGACGGGCACCCUGCCCUCCAGCCUAGCAAGUCUCCCUGCCCUACAGCACUUGUCCGUGACACGCAACAACCUUACAGGUGCAAUCCCGACCUCCAUCUUCCACCUCUCGACCCUCACCCACUUGUACCUGGGGCAUAACCAAUUCUCGGGUUCAUUCCCUUCCGAUAUGGGCGACACGCUUGUCCAUCUCCAAGUCCUUCAAGCAAACAACAACAAUUUUGAGGGUCAUCUUCCGGCCUCGCUUCCGCAUGCUGGCAUGCUUAGAGAGAUUGUUUUGGCACACAACAGAUUUAGUGGACCUGUGCCUGGGGAUAUAGGCAACCUAGUGCAUCUGCAAUCCCUGAGCGUACGAGAUAACAGCUUGGAAGCCAAGACAAAGGAGGACUGGGAGUUCUUCGCUUCCUUAGCCAACUGCAAACAUCUUCACACCUUGGACCUGUCACACAACAAGCUGGAGGGGGAACUGCCGAUCCCCAUAACCGAUCUAUCGCCACAACUGGCAUUUAUUGGUUUGGGAGGAAACAAUAUAACGAAUGAACCUACUUCCGCAGAUCUAGCGAGCCUCCGCCCUACUCUUCAGGUGGAUAAGACGGCCGCCACAGCUGUUAUCAUGCUCUCGCAAGAUAGUGCUCCUGUCAAAGAUGCCGAUCUUGGACCGAUGCGAUGA